AUGAACAACCUAUUUAAUUUUAGUGGAUAUCAAAAAAUCAAUUAUAAUAAUAUCAUGCCUUUUAACAUAAAGAGAUUACUUCUUGUUCUUUGUUUCAUAAAUAUUAUAUUCUUAUUCUAUAUAAUAUCAUAUAAUAAUAUUUAUAGUAAUAAUAAUUGUUAUGUUCAACAACAAUCCAAUGUAGUCAAUAGUAAUAAUAAUAAUAAUAUUAAUAAUAAUAAUAAUAAUAACAACUUACUUUAUAAUCAUAACUUUGAAUUCAAUGCAGUUGGUUGGAGAGAAUAUGGUAGAUAUUUUCGUCUUGGUUACUUCCCUGUGCCCUCGCCAGAGAGUGAACCAUCGCGACAUGUGGUGGCAAUCUAUCACAGUAACAAUCAACAGUGGAAUGGGCUGUUCCAGCCUGUUGACCUGCGCCGUCACACAUCAUUCCAUGGAAUGGGCUAUUACGAACUUCGCCUUGACGUCGACUACAUCAAUCUCAACUUGAACGGCAGUCUCAACCUAAAGAUGCGCAUAAACACUCGUGAGAACGAACCCCAAGAUCUCAACGACACGAACAACGUAUUCACUGUGUUCAAUGACAAUGGCAAUGGACAUCAUUUAUUGCCGGACCUUAAUGGCGGUGUGCCAAUUGAUGUAAAGGAUAACAUUACUACAUUCUUGGACAUGCAUCAGAAUGACAUGGACUCAAUCACCUCACGUGCAUCAUUGGUCAUGUACUCAAAGAAGCCCCUCAACUACGUCACCUGCUACAUAUACACCGAGCUGACUGGCGUCGCACUCAUCACCAACACAUCAUUCACAGUCACACAUGUCAAUGAUAAGCUCACACCAAGCGUCACGAUGAACCUGCCGAGAUUCGAGGGUCAGAACAUUACAAAGGUGUCUGAGAAGAUUGGCGAGGAGUUCAAGAUGAGGGACUUGACUUGGGAGAAGCGCAUUGUGACACCAUUCUACAAACGAUCGACCUAUCACUUUGACAGGCACACCGACACUACAAUCACUGCACAACUGGACAUCACGAGAUUCCCAAGAUUGUUGCAGUUGUGCCGUCAAUGGGAUGGCCCCAUGUCUGUGGUCAUCUACAUCAAGGAGGAGAAGGACGUCAGGGAGCUGGACAGGAUGAUCUUUGAGAACUGGGAGAUUGCAAAGUUGAUGGACAAGGCUGAUGUUCAUCUGGCAUACAAGACGAAGGAUGAGCGAUUCUAUCCGAUCAAUGAGUUGCGCAAUGUUGCCAUCGAGUUCAGUCGCACCAACUACAUCUUCACAAUCGAUGUGGACUUUGUCGUCUCGCCAAAUCUGAACAAUCACAUCCGAGAACAGCUGCACGAAGCCAACUAUCCAACCAACAUCUUUUUCGUUGUGCCAGCAAUGGAAAUGGAUGGAUACGCAAUGAACAACACCGAUAUCUUCCCAAUGAACAAGUCAUCACUGGUCCAACACAUCAAGGAUGGCGAGGCAAGAUCAAUCUUGGAGUUGGUCUCGCCCGAGGUUCAAGGCCCAACAAAGGUGGACGUUUGGGUGAACUCGACCAAAGCUUACGACGUGAAGUAUGGCCCACAUUGGGAGCCAUUUGGAGUAAUUCAUCGCUCGGCCAUCGGGUUUGAUCAACGCUUCGCCGGCUACGGCUGGGACAAGGUGUCCCACAUCUACUAUCUUCAUCUGCUUGAGUUCAGGUUCAUGGUGCUACCCGAGGCAUACAUGAUACACAUGGAGCACGCGACGCGCUCCAGUUGGUUCAACAGAUCAGCAGCAGAAGAGGAGUAUAUUUUCAAGAACUGGUACGAGUCAGUCACAGAGUUCACCUUCAAGUACCUUCCCUCUCUCUUCAAUCCCACCGACUUGAAGAAAGUAUCAACGUUGGUACAUGACAAUGAUUGGCUGGUU